AUGGGCGAAACGCUACGGCAGCAAGAGACGCCGGGGGAAGGGCAGCAGAUCCGAAACCUGCGCAAGGUGUGUUUCAGUGGCAAGGUCGCGGUUCACGGUGUCCAAAUCACGUGUUUCUUGGGCCACAACGAUGCUGGCAAGACGCCGCUCAUGUCGAUGCUCACGAGGAUGAUUCUUGCGACACACGACAUCCUGUAUGGGGACGUGACGGUGACCCAAUAUUUAACCUUUUACAGCCAAAUCAAUGGCUUCCGGGGGGCUGGAUACGCAUGUCGACACCAAGAUCGCCAAGGUGGGGCUCAGCGAAAAAAGGCCCGUCGUGACGAGCUGACAUCCAGAAUGGACCCGUACAGUCGGCGAAGUACGUGGGAGACGAACAUGAACCACCUCCAGAACCGCAUCAUUAUGCUCACGACGCAUUUCAUGGACGAUGCAGACACCCUCGGCGACCACAUCGCCAUCAUGGCCGAAGGAGGACUCCUGCAGGUCCUCGCUCUUCCUCAAGAACCGGCGGCGUGCGACGUGGCGGCGCUCACGGCUUUCUCCAAGCUGUGCACAACAGUCGGAGCUUCCAGCUCUGGCUGUCGGCGUACCUGCAGCCCCCGCCGCCGAUGGGACGCGAGUGGCCUUGACGCUGCAAUGUCAGGCACGACGAACCCGUACGGGGGGGUCGUGGUGCUGUUUCUACUCGCGGGGGCGGCGGUCAUUUCAUUCUGA